AAUUAUUUUUUUUUUUUUGCUUAUUUCAGCGCACAAUGUUUUUGGUGCUGGAGAUUCUUCAGUGUGCGGUUCCCCUGUGGUGCCCAAUCGGAUAGUUGGUGGUACAGAUGCGUUGGCUGGAACAUGGCCAUGGCAGAUCAGUCUGAACUUUUAGGAUCACAUUUAUGUGGGGGCUCCCUGAUCUCACCAGAGUGGGUUCUGACUGCAAAGCAUUGCUUUAAAUAUUCUACCCACGUAUCGAAUUAUAAAGUGUAUUUGGGCUUGUACAGGCUGGGUGAGAUUAACCUUCAAACAGUUGUUGCCAAUGUAAGGACCAUCAUUACCAAUCCUAAUUAUGUAAGCACCGGAGAUAUUGGAGACAUCGCCCUGAUACGGCUGGCCUCACCUGUCAACUAUACUCGGUACAUCAUGCCGAUCUGUCUGCCAUCUUCCACCACCACCUUCCCCUGUGGUAUGGAGUGCUGGGUGACCGGCUGGGGUACAACAUCUUCUGGAGCUUUAAAUGGGAUCCUCCAGGAGGUCAUGACUCCUCUAAUAGACCACAAUACAUGUCAUGAAAUGUAUUACAAAGGGGGAAGUUAUGAAAACAUCCAGGAUGAAAAGAUUUGUUCUGGCUACAAUGAUGGACAAAAGGAUUCCUGUCAGGGUGACUCAGGAGGACCUCUGGUGUGUAAGGUCCAGGGCGUAUGGUACCAGAUUGGAAUUGUGAGCUGGGGAGAAGGGUGUGCAAAACCCAACUUCCCUGGGGUGAACACACUGGUGACGGCCUACCAAGCCUGGAUCAGCAGCUACCUGCAAGUUUCAUUUAAAGAUGUGGCAAAUAUCCCCAAACCAGCAAGGACAUGUGGGGGAAAUCUCACCAACCCAGGGUACACCAGCUCCACAACACAUGGAAGAAGUACUGCCAGUAUGACAACCAAUGUUCCUGGACCAACAAAUGAAGGAAGCACUGCCUAUACGAAAACCAAUGUUCCUGGACCAAUAAAUGAAGGAAGCACUGCCUAUAUGAAGACCAAUAUUCCUAGACCAACAAAUGAAGGAAGCACUGCCUAUACGAAGACCAAUGUUCCUGGACCAACACAUGAAGGAAGCACUGCCUAUACGAAGACCAAUGUUCCUGGACCAACACAUAAAGGAAGCACUGCCUAUACGAAGACCAAUGUUCCUGGACCAACAAAUGAAGGAAGCACUGCCUAUAUGAAGACCAAUAUUCCUAGACCAACAAAUGAAGGAAGCACUGCCUAUACGAAGACCAAUGUUCCUGGACCAACAAAUGAAGGAAGCACUGCCUAUACGAAGACCAAUGUUCCUGGACCAACAAAUGAAGGAAGCACUGCCUAUACGAAGACCAAUGUUCCUGGACCAACAAAUGAAGGAAGCACUGCCUAUACGAAGACCAAUGUUCCUGGACCAACAAAUGAAGGAAGCACUACCUAUACGAAGACCAUUGUUCCUGUACCAAAAACAACAUCUGAAGGAAGCUCCAUCACAUCCAGCCUUUGGCACCAUUGCUGGAUGAUCCUGGUCCCAACUAUUCUUGUGCUCACAAUAAUAUAA